AUGAUCGAGCUACAGAAGCGUCCAGAUAUUGAGAAGCAUGGUCGAGUGUGCGCGGUGCAGGAUAGAACUGUAUGGCAAGAUUCGCGCAUGUUCCGGUGCCAGCUACGUGAAGGGUGGAACGGAGCUGCUUCGGACAACGAUGGCAAGGGGGUCCGACAAGCCUGGAACAACAUCAACGCUUUUGCCGCACAGCUAGUCGCCACCUCGCAUUCUCAGUCUCAGGAUAAGCCGGAUUUGUCGCUCUACUGUAUCUGGACUGUACGAACAGCGUUGGAGGAUUCUGACGACCAGCCAGAACACGCAGCAUUAUCAGCGGGGAGUCUUUGCUCCAUCAAUGCUGCACCAGCUAUCUGGAAUCUCUGCGGACAAGAAGCGACCUUUGACGGCAAACUCGCCAAACCACGCUCGCAAUAUGGCUCUGAUAAAUGGCGCGGCUUCACACGAGACCGAUGGCGAAGCUGGAACAAGAAACUGAGGGGUUUCCAAGGACAAAUCUCUAAUGUUUAG